GAAGGAUUUCGCUGAGCUCAAAACCCUCACUCAGCGUCAUCCUGCGCCCCUCGGGGCGCCCACAUGCAUACAGCAUGAGUUCUGUAUAUAAAGGCCCUUCGGCACAUGCAAUAUCGCACAACAUCUCCCCAGAACCAACAUGGCAGACGAGCUCGUACAGCAAGUCCUCGCCCUCCUCGCUCAGCCAACGCUCGUGGGAUCCCACAGUUGCGCCGAAGACGCUUCUAACGCAACCCUGACCGCGAGCGGCGACAUUCCCAGCCCCACCCAAGGAGCUCUCGCAACCGGGCUUCCCACCGUAUUGGCACCGUUACUGGCGCUUAUUAUGUGGCUCCCCGCGCUGCCCGACUGGCUCAAGCUCCUUGUUGUUGGCGGUGUCGUUGAGGCAUGCCGUCGUACGCUAUUCGUGCUUUACCGCCGCGCGGCUAGCGCGUUUGUGAUCACUGUGACCCUAGAUGACGAUAGCGAGUGCUAUAAUUGGAUGAUGGUCUGGCUGUCCAAGCAGCCUGCAUGGCGCACUGCCCGCGAACUUGAGAUAUCCACGCGCCAAUUUGGCCUACGGGGCAACGCCACCACCGUCCCGGGAGAGCAGGCCGACGCCAAUGCCUUCCUAGACCCACAGAGUCGUUGCCUUCAAUACAUCCCUUCUGCGAGCACUUCUUUCAUCCUCUCGUACCCGGCCCAUGGUCCGUGGUACUCUCGUCGCCGCAUAAGUGUCACACGUUUGCAGCGCUCUAUGGGCGGCUACUAUGGCGGGACUGUCGAGUCCCUCGAGCUACGCAUAUUUGCUCGCUCGCAUGCGGUGCUAGAUCGACUUCUGCUCGAAGCGAAGCGCGCGUUCUUGGCGGAGCAAAAUGACCAUGUCUCGAUAUUCGCGGCGCAAAACAGGGACCUCUGGCGGCGCAUCGCCUCUCGCCCCAAGCGCGCACUCGACUCCAUUGUACUGGACCCAGGUAUCAAGGACCUCCUUAUGAAUGAUGCGCGCGAAUUCCUCAAGAGCCGAGACUGGUACAACGACAGAGGGAUACCUUUCCGUCGUGGCUAUCUCUUGUACGGUGCUCCCGGAUGCGGCAAGACGUCCAUAAUCCACAGUCUGGCAGGCGAGCUGGGCCUUGAUGUUUACAUGAUUUCUCUGUCCCGCGCGGGUAUGGACGAUACCACUCUCAAUGAGCUCAUUGGCGAGCUGCCCGAGAAGUGCAUCGCGCUCAUGGAGGACAUUGACGCCGCCUUCGUCAAGAGCACAGCCGCGAGAGACGCAGAUGACGGAGCGCACGACAAUGUCAACAGCAAAACUGCUGGGGCAUCGAAUCAGAAUACCAUCGCGUCGCGUGUCUCCAUGAGCGGCCUUCUCAACGCGCUCGAUGGUGUGGGGGCGCAAGAGGGGCGCAUCCUCUUCGCCACCACGAAUCAUUACGACGCCCUGGACCCCGCCCUCUGCCGACCCGGCCGCAUGGACGUGCACAUCGAGUUUCGCCUGGCGAGUCAGCACCAGGCAUGCGAGCUCUUCAAGCACUUCUACGCGCCACGACGCAAGCGCACCCUUGACGAGGCCUCGGAGCAGUCAGACUCCGGGUCAAACUCCGACUCCGCUUCCUCGUCGGUGUCGAGCCUCAGCUUCGUACAGUCCGAGGGAUCAACUCGACUGACAACUGAGGCUACGGACAGCCUUGCAAAGCGAUUCGCGGAGUCGAUACCCGACCGCGAGUACUCGAUGGCGAGCCUUCAAGGGUAUCUGAUGAAGUAUAAGAACCGGCCCAAGGCCGCCGUUGAGGACGUAGUGGAAUGGGUGGAAGGGCAACAGGCCUCUAGUCCCAGGCCCGCGAAGCUCGAAAGCUCGACCCGAGUAGACGCCCGUACGGUGUGAAGGUCGCAUCUACAUGCAUGUCUCCAUUUGUGUGCUCAUGAUAUGUAUUGUUUGUCGUACACUACACUCUAAUAAUUGACUGUGCGAGAUGUGUACCCGCUUUACUGGC